GGGCAUUUCCUAUAAUUAUCCUUCAAUCUUUUGGUGGCCAGUGGACAUCGUACAAUUGAGGUGAGAUUUUAAACUUUCGGGAAAUAUUUAAGUGUCCACUAGUACCAUUAACAAGACACUGAGGUUUGUCUUACAAAAAAAAAAGGAUCAUGCGAAGUAAUUCAAAUUCAAAAAUCCAUGUUUUUAUUUUCUAAAAGACAAGAUAUAAAAUACUAUCCACACAGGGAAUAUGAAAUCAGGAAAACCAAUGGGAGAGAGCCGAAGUAAUUAGCUCUGACAGCUCACCCUGCUGCAUUUUAAAGAGCAUGUCCCUAAGCUCACUAGGAAGAUAAAGCAUCUUCCCUGGUUGACAACAUUUUUAUUGUCAAUUGUGAUGGGUCCCCAAGGUAUGCCUUUUGAUUUUAUAAAUGUCAACCAAAAGGAUUUUCAUUAAAAAUGGUAACAGGAACAAGCCCGGGAGCCUUCCAGUUGUUUUGUUCAGUGACCUCAAAGAGAUUAAAUGUGAAGUGCAUGACAAAGUCCAACUUCAAAAUCAAUUUGAUUUGACACUGAUUUCAAGGCAUGACUAUCCUUGCCAUUUUCUUGAUCAAAAAAUAUUAUUGAGUGGAAAAUGGGCAGUUGUGGCCUCCAAGAUACCUUUUAAGUAGAAAAUAACAGUACUAUUUUGUCAUUAUAAAUCAUGUUACAAAUUUUAUGGGAACUGUUUUUAUGGGAACUGGAACUGAUUAAUGGCAUUUCCACUCAUUCCGGUGGUGAAGGACGAUUUGAGAUAGACCUUAAGUUGCUGUUGUGUGUUAGUUUUUGAACUUAACCCACAACCAUCUCACAUUACUCAAGAAUCCCCCCGCCCACUUCCCCCCCGUUCUCCUCUUGCUCCCCCCUCGUCGAAUCCAACCUCUCCAGUCCACUCGUGUGACUUCGAAACGUGUAUGAGGCACAAAAAGCCCACGCAGCGCAGCUGCUUCCAUUUGCUGCUCGGGAGACAGAAAGCACCGAGCCCGCUACGAGUCGCUCACGAUGGCCACUUAGCUCCUCCUCACCCGGAAAGCAAACUUCCUCGGCCACCUGUUUUUAUGCGUUUUGUGUGUUUGCGCUCCACAGUGAGGUAGCCGGUGAAGUCUUUCUAAAUCUUUUUCGUUCCUUUUUUUUUUUUUUUUUUCGUUUGUACGCGCGUGACGCUGGAGCACUGUCCCGCGACGUGGAUGGUGCUUCGGGGACCAACCUGGCUCCGGUUAUUUUCCGAGUGGAGGAGGAAUAUAUGCGCGGAGAUGCUGCUUCUGGUGCCCCUUCUGUGGCUUCUGCAUCUGGGCCGAGCGGCUCCCCCGCAAACCGUGCGGGAGGACACCGGGGUGGACUGGCUGAGCAAGUUUGGUUACCUCCCACCGCCUGACCCAGUAACCGGCCAACUUCAGACCAAGGAGGCCCUGACCAAGGCCAUCAAAGCCAUGCAGAAGUUUGGAGGACUCAAGGAAACUGGAGUUUUUGAUCAAGCUACAUUGGGGCUCAUGAAAACACCCAGAUGUUCUCUGCCCGAUGUCGCUGAAACCGAAGUGACAGUGGGCCGCAGAAAACGAAGUCCGAGUCCUCCCAACAAAUGGAAAAAGAGGCAUUUAUCCUGGAGAGUGAGGACAUUCCCCAAGGACUCGGCAUUACUGGGCAGAGACACCGUUCGAGCACUCAUGCAUUACGCCCUGAAGGUUUGGAGUGACAUCGCGCCGCUUAACUUCCACGAGGUGGCAGGAAACGACGCCGACAUGCAGAUUGACUUCACGAAGGCCGACCACGAUGAUGGAUAUCCCUUUGACGGGCCAGGGGGCGCCGUGGCCCAUGCCUUUUUCCCUGGGGAGAGGUUCACCGCUGGGGAUACGCAUUUCGAUGAUGAUGAGGCGUGGACCUUCAGAUCACCAGACUCUCACGGGAUGGACCUAUUUGCGGUCGCCGUCCACGAGUUCGGUCACGCCAUCGGCCUUGUCCACACCUCGGCCAUGGAGUCCAUCAUGAGACCGUACUACCAGGGUCCUGUCGGAGACCCUCUGAAGUACAACUUACCCUAUGAAGACAAGGUCCGCGUCUGGCAGCUCUACGGUGUCCGUGAUUCAGUUUCACACACAAAUCAGCCGAGCAACCCUUCCCAAACGGCCGAGCCUCCUGUCCUGAUGGACGUUCCAGAAAACAAAUCCAUUCUACAACUGGCGCGAGAUGCCCCAGACAGAUGCACCAGCUACUUUGAUGCAGUGGCCCAGAUUCGAGGGGAGGCCUUUUUUUUCAAAGGAAAAUACUUUUGGCGGCUCACUCGAGAGAAGCACUUGGUUUCUUUGCGUCCCGCUCAGAUCCACUGGUUCGGGAGGGGCCUGCCCGCUAGUCUGGACAGCGUGGACGCCGUCUACGAGAGACCGAGCGACCAUAAAAUCGUCUUUUUUAAAGGACUCAAGUACUGGGUGUUUAAAGACAACGUCAUGGAGGAGGGCUUCCCGCGUCCAAUCAGUGACUUCGGCCUACCUUUGGAAAGCGUGGACGCGGCCUUUGUGUGGCUCCACAAUGAAAAGACUUACUUCUUCAAGGACAGCCGCUACUGGCGCUACGACGACCACCUGAGACGUAUGGAUCUGGGCUACCCGAAGGACAGCACGCUGUGGAAGGGGCUGCCCCCUCAUCUGGAUGACGCCAUGAGGUGGUCUGAUGGUUCGUCUUACUUCUUCAAGGGGAAGGAGUACUGGCGCGUGCCGAACAGCGACAUGGAGGUGGAGGCGGACUACCCACGCCUCAUCGCCAAGGACUGGCUGCUGUGCACAGACAUGCAGUCGGACUCACCGGGCGCAGAGGCCAAGAGCACCGAGAGCCGGGUCAACGUACACCCUCGCCCGGAUCACGCUGAGAACGGCUACGAGGUCUGCUCCUGUACCUCGGACGGCGCCUCGUCUUUCGGGGCCCGGCCCUCCCCGUCACCCUUGUGGCUGCUGCCGCCUCUUUGGACCCUCUCGCUGGCCCUCUGCCCUCUAAUGCUAUGAUGCCAAAUAAGACCAAAUCAGACUUUGGUUGUUAUUUAUUGCUCAAUCCUUAGAGCAACUUCUUGACAUUUGGGGCAUUUGAAUGAAGAAGCGCAACGAUCACUUUAGCUUCAUAUAUUUGCUCCCCAACAUAAAAUGUUCUUUUAUUGCAUCCAGGAAGGAAGGAAAGACAUGAGAGCUUUCUUGGAUGUAUUGAGACUGAGCUUCGACAGUGACUUACAUUCAAAUGAGUUUUGAAGUCCUUUGAGGGAACGUGUCGUUUUAAUUUAAAGUACAUAUGAAGUACUGUAUAGCGAUGGCGUUGAGUAGUCGCCGUUGAGUUGUCAUGGAACUUCAAGAGCGAAGAACAACACCGGUUGGUGUUGCCUUUUGUGUUACCUGUGUCAACAAUUUUGUGAUUUUUUUUUUUUUUUUUUUUAAUGUUCAUAUGAAAAGACAAUAACUGAUUCGCAGCACAUGAAAACGCUCAUCAUAUUUUUUGCAUACAGUGGAACAGUUUUAAGAUUGAGCACAGUCCAACUUAUUUUUAGUUGGGACUGCAAUCCGUUUUAGAAUGCUUGUAGCAGAGUUCCAAAAAUGUUCACUGCCUCGACUGGUCACCAGGCAAUCACACAUUUCUGCGAAAAUUUUAUUAUUAUUUUUUUUUUAAAUGUGUGUUAAAAUAGUAAUAAUCACAUUUAAUCAUAAAAGUUAAAAACCAAACACUUUACCUUAAUUAACUCAUUCACUCCCAAAGACGUUUUUAAACGUCGUUUCAGACUUGGUCUAGAAUUGGCUGGUACUGAAUAAGUAAGGAGGAGAUUGCCGUCAAAAGAAAACCACACUUAUUGUCAUAUUUGCUUAAAACGGUCAUUAUGACUUGACAGUAAUGCGCAGUAAAGAGGAUAUUUUGCCUCUAAUUUGUUGAACAACAAACCACUACACCUGAGGAAAAAACAACCAAUCAGAAGAUGGACGACGCGACAUCUCGGAAAAUUGCAAACCCCUGUUUUAACUUGAUGUGGAUGGUGACGCUAGUCUCUUACUGCUUUGAGUUUUAUGCUACUUCUGCUGUAAAUUCUCACCACGUGAAUCUCGUCGCGGCCGCUUCCUUCUUGUAGGACGGAGCCGAAGAUAAAAGCAAUUCAAGCGAAUCCUUCCACGCUUGAAGUCCUGUGCAUUAAAUUCAAAUCCGAUGACAUUUAGAUAUUCUACUGUGGACUUGCAUUUCAUGUGACGGUGUCGAUAUGCUAAUUCGGGUGCAUUGACACCCACCCAAAAAAAAAAAAAAAAAAACUAUUAGUGGAAUGAGGAUUAUUAUUU